UCCAACUCCUCCAGGCCAUCCCCUCCGCCUCAGACCUCGGUGCAAACCUGCCGCGAAAAUAGCAGCCGCCCGUUCGCUCUCCCCUCCUCCUCCCGCUAUGAGCGACCCGCGGGGCGGCGGCGCCGAUCCCAACCCCGACGGGGACGACCCGCACGACCUCCGUCUCGCCGAGGAGGCCAACGGCGACGAAGCGCGGCACACGUCCGAUAAAGAGGCGGCUCCCGUGUCUGAAGAGACGGCCGCACGGGGUGGGGACACGACCCCGGACGCCGAACCGGAGAGCGAUGACGGAGAGGGAGGAGUGGGCUCCCCGGAUCAGGCGGAGCCCAAUGCGGACGGGGAGCGCGCAGCGCCCGCGGCCGUGGCCGAGGAGCGGGAGGGGAUCGUUGGCGGCGCGAAGGUGGAGACGAACGGCGAGGACGCCAUCAGCCACGACGCCGACGGGGAGGAGGACGAGGAUGACGAUGGGGACGAGGAGGACGAUGACGACGACGACGAUUCCACCCCGGAUGCGUCGCCGAGGGCCGAGGUGAAGGUGGAGGGCGAGAGCUCCACCGGGAUGGCCCAGAGUGGCGCCAGCCACCGCGCGGAGCCGGAGCCGGACCCCUUCCUCGACGGCGACGACUCUGGGACGGAGGAGGAGCAGGCCGCGUUCAUGGCGGAGCUGGAACGCUUCCAUAGGGAGCACAGCCUCGAGUUCAAGCCGCCCAAGUUCUACGGCAAGGGCCUCAACUGCCUCAAGUUAUGGAGGCAGGUCGCCCACCUCGGUGGCCACGAGCAGGUAACGAUUUGUAAACUAUGGCGUCAAGUUGGAGAGACUUUCAGGCCGCCGAAGACGUGCACUACUGUUUCUUGGUCGUUUCGAAUUUUCUACGAGAAGGCACUUCUUGAAUACGAAAAAUACAAAGUUCGGACUGGUCAGCUUCAAAUACCACCUCCUGGUUUACCACAGCCUAGUGGUACUGACCGCGAGGUGGUUGUGAAUCAAUCAUCUUCCGCCAGAGUUAGAAGGGAUGCUGCAACGCGUGCUAUGCAAGGUUGGCAUGCUCACCGCCUCCUUGCGAAUGGCACUUAUGGAGAUAACAUUUUGAAGGAUAAAGAUUCAAUGCCACUUUCAAGUCGUGAUAAAAACCUAAAAGGCUUUGGGGUGCUCAAGAGAAAGAAAGCAUCUAGUCCAGAGUAUGCUCUCAAGUCGUCCCGCACGAAAGUAAAUAAGUCACAGGAAGAUUCUAUGGUCAUUGACGUUGGAGAACCAGCCGACUGGGUGAAGAUCAAUGUGCGGCAGACUAAAGAUUGCUUUGAAGUCUAUGCGCUAGUUCCUGGACUUCUACGUGAGGAGGUGCAUGUUCAGUCAGAUCCUGCUGGACGUCUGGUUAUCACGGGUGAUCCAGAGCAGCCUGAUAAUCCUUGGGGGAUCACUCCGUUUAAGAAGGUGGUUAACUUGCCAUCUAGAAUUGAUCCCCACCAAACAUCAGCUGUUGUCACGCUUCAUGGUCAGCUAUUCGUGCGUGCACCAUUUGGGCAUGCUGAUAUGUAGAUAUGGUAUCAUGUUUACUUCAGUUCCCUUCCGACUGCAGUACCUCUUCGCCAGUGAUAUUCCUUGAUAUUUCUAGGGUUUAUAGCAGUUUCUGCUGAGGAAAUAGGAUCUCAUUUGAGCAGAUACAUGAUGUCAAGCUGACAUAGUAGAACCUCUGCAGUUGGAGGCCGGUGUUGAUUUGUUAUCAUCUUGUUUAUUAUUACAGUGGUAGUCAUAAAACUAGCUGGUUCAUGCAUGUAUUUUAAUUUUAUGGUGAGAUUUUUUUUCCAGAGAGAGAGGAGAAAUACAGUAGCGGUAGGGGGCUAAGUUAACAUUAUAGCUACUUGUUAUUCUUUAUUAUUUUCCUCAUAUAUUAUAAAUGCCUUUCUGUGUCACCCCAA